CAAAAGCAAUUUCAUAGCAAGACGUGGCGACACCUGACAAACGAUCACUCGCAGAAGCGAUUCCAAGUCGGCAACCGUCAAAAGUGGGAAUCCAACAUAUUGGGACACAUUUCAGAGACUUUGGUUAAUUCUCAACGGCGGGCCGCCCGGUUUGACUUCGGCACUUCAGACAUGGCGGUCUUUUGCUUGUUGGUGAUUCUCAUCAGCUUCUCAUUGGCUGCCGAUGAGUUCUACUCUUCCAUAGGUCGCAUGACGGAGCUGCUGUACACGGAGCAGCAGCUGUUGGCCGCGUUGGACGAUUACAUCCAAGCGGAGGAGAGCAAACUGGAGACGGUCAAAAGGUGGUCCGAGAGGCUGGCCAACAUGUCUGCGUUUGCCAUCAAAAAUCCCGAACGCUUCCUGAGCCACCCCGUGAACGCCUUUAAACUUCUGAAGAGGAUGAACCGAGAGUGGCGCGCCCUGGAGAUGCUGGUGCGCAGCAACGUAUCCCACGGCUUCGUGUCCUACUUGGACUCCAGGAGCGAGCACCUUCCCGACGGGAACGACCUGACGGGCGUGGCCGAAGCCCUCGUGAGGCUGCAGGACACCUACCAGCUGGACACCGGCACCAUGGCCAAAGGGGAGCUGCCGGGAAGCUCUUUGCUCCUGAGCAAGCUGACGGUGGACGACUGCUACGACGUGGCCAUGGCGGCGUACGGGGACGACGACUUCUACCACACCGAGCUGUGGAUGGCUCAAGCUCUCCUGCAAUUGGAGCAGGGCGAGACGCCGGAAAACGUGGGCCCCGUCACCCUCCUGGACUACCACAGCUACGCCCUCUACAAGCAAGGAGAUCUGGAAGCCGCCUUGGUGUCCACCAAGAAGCUGCUGGAAAUCGACCCGGAAAACGAGCGGGGCAAGCAGAAUCUCAAGUACUUUGAGGAACACCUGGCGAAACAGCAGACGACGGAAACGCUCAAGAAGGGUCGCGUUCCCAAACACAGCGCGUACGAGCGGCUGUGUCGCGGCAACAGCGUGGAGAUGACGCCGCUCAAACGGAGCCUCCUCUCCUGCCGUUACCACGACAACCACCGCCAUCCCAACCUCCUGAUCGCUCCCGUCAAAGAGGAAGAGCUGUGGGACCAGCCCCGCAUCGUCCGUUAUUACGACAUUGUGUCCGAGGAGGACAUGGCAAUCUACAAAGCGUUGGCUCAACCCCAACUCAUGCGCUCCAAAGUCAGAGACGGCAAGACAGAGAAAUCUUACCCGGUUCGCACCAGGGUCUCCCAAAAUGCUUGGUUGAAGGACAAGGCCCACGAGAGGGUCGGCUGGAUGGUCAGGAGAAUCGGAGACAUCACAGGCUUGGAUGUGUCCACCGCUGAGGACCUGCAGGUGGCCAACUACGGCGUCGGAGGACAGUACGAACCUCACGUCGACUUCCAACGGUUUUCAGCGAACAAAAGUGUUGAGCCUUACGCGCAUCUGGGCACGGGAAACCGAAUCGCCACCUGGCUCCUUUACUUAAGUGACGUGCAGGCAGGGGGCGCUACUGUCUUCCCCAACGUGGGUGCGAUUGCCUGGCCCAUCAAGGGCUCGGCUGUGUUCUGGUACAACCUUCUGCAUGACGGACAGGGAAACUACGAGACCCAACACGCCGCCUGUCCCGUCCUGGUGGGGAGCAAGUGGGUGGCCAACAAGUGGCUGCACGAGCGAGGUCAAGAGUUCAGGAGGCGCUGCGGCCUGCAAAGUUCCACCUGAACGAGGGGAGUCAACUGGGCCAAGCCCAACUUCGGCACUCAGCUACAUGCUAUGUUGUAUUAUUGUGCUGCUGUUACCAUGAAUGACAGUGAUCAUCUGUGGAGAAAGAAAAAAAUAUAAAAACCACUGACCUCAAAUGAAGCCAAGGCUGAAUAAUUGAUUCUUGGAAUAUUUUGAGAUGAAUUUCCUUUUGGUUGCGUGAAGAAUUAAAUGUGUUUUGUUCCA